AUGACGCGAUAUCUGGCUAAAGUAAGAGACACCCUACAGCGGUUCACCGAAUGGACGAUCGAAAAACUAAAACGAAUUGAAAAUGGGCGCACCGACGCCUUGGUAGGCAUAACUGUCUCCCUCCCCAUUAAAGAAGCCAUAUUGUUGCCUAUACAUGUGCAAGCCAACCCUUCCGUCGCGGAAGCUUCCACUUGCAAUGCCAUUAAGGCAAACCAAGCAGACGGCCAAGAGUGGUCGAACGACAUUAUAGAGUACCUUCGGACAAGCACUCUACCCGAGGAUCCCAAGCAGACACACAAGAUCCGGGUGCAAGCCGCCCGUUUCACCUUGAUCGGGGGGCACUUAUACAAGCGGUCCUUCACAGGUCCCUAUCUCCGGUGCCUAAACCACUCAGAGGUCCUGUAUGUAUUAGCUGAAUUGCACGAGGGAGUAUGUGGAAAUCAUUCUGGAGGUCGAUCUUUGGCGCAUAGGGCCCAUUCGCAAGGAUAUUAUUGGCCCACAAUGAAGAAGGAUGCGACAACCUAUGUCAAAAAAUGUGACAAAUGCCAAAGGCAUGGCCCCAUACCACAUGUACCGUUGGGGACAUUGAAGCCAAUUUCAGGCCCCUAG